AUGGGUGCUAAUGACCGUGGGAAAACCUACAUUACGGUCAGUGCUGUGCUCGUCGCACUGUCCACGGUUGUUGUUGGUUUUCGCAUCGUUGCGCGAUGGAUGAGAACAACGUUGGGGCUGGAUGACUAUGUCAUCUGUGUGUCGAUUAUCCUUGCUUAUAGCAUGCUGGGAGAAGCUGUUUUUUGGGCCCGAGAUGGCGGGCUAGGAAAACACAUGGACGAGCUAAGUAUUCAGGAGAAGAUUACCUUCCAAAAGUGUUUCUUCGCCAACGAAAUCUCAUACACCCUCCUCGUCCCCUCCAUCAAAAUCUCAAUCCUCCUACUCUAUCGCCGAAUCUUCACCGUUCGCAACUUUAGAAUCGCGAGCCUUAUCGCCGGCGGUCUAGUCAUAUCAUGGUGUCUCGCUGUCUUUAUCACUGUCCUUCUUCAAUGUCGCCCGAUUGCCCUGAACUGGAACAAAACCUUAGAAGGAACUUGCAUCGACCCGAAACAGUUCUUCUUCGGCAACGCGAUAUCCAAUCUCCUCAUUGAUGUGAUUAUCCUCGCUUUACCGAUUCCGAUGGUUCUACAGCUUCAAUUACGGUUGUCGCAGAAGCUGACUAUUCUGGGUAUAUUCCUUCUUGGUGGAUUGUACGUCUCAUACUUUAUUAUAUAUGUGUAG